AUAAGUCUGAUUGUUGAUCAGGUUCUCUGUCAGCCAUUAGUUCUGCCUGUUUCUCGUCCAAUCAGAGGGCUCGAUGCCUUUGGCAGGGUGUGGGACCUGAGGACGGGGCGCUGCGUGGUUUUCCUGGAGGGACACCUGAAGGAGAUCUACAGCGUUCACUUCAGUCCUAACGGCCAUCACCUGGCCACAGGAAGUGGUGACAACACCUGUAAGGUGUGGGAGCUCCGCAACAGGAAGUGCCUGUAUACAGUCCCCGCCCACCAGAACCUGCUGUCUGCCGUCCGAUUCCAACCCACUGACGGUCACUUCCUGUUGACCGGAGCUUACGACAACACGGCGAAGAUUUGGAGCCACCCGGGCUGGAUGCCGCUGAAGACGCUAGCCGGACACGAGGGGAAGGUGAUGGGCGUGGACGUGUCACCUGACGGCAAGCUCAUCGCCACGUGCUCCUACGACCGAACCUUCAAACUCUGGCUGUCAGAGUGACGCCAUCUGUGACGUUUUUUGGUUUUUCUAAUAAAGAUUUUGAAUCCUGAU